UUGAUGCUGCUAGCAAAGCACAGGCGAGUCAGAAAAUCAAUUAAGUUAUGAAAAAUACCAUUAAUUGCCUUUCUUUGUCACCGCAUCUCAUGAAGAAAUGGCGGAUCUCCAGACGCUGUACCUUUGAAGAAAAACACUUAGCGUCUAAUGGCGAAUAUAACGACGUAGGAAACCCUCACUAUCGACAGGAAUAUUUACGUAUUUUAGGACUACUGAGGCACAUCUUCCAAACAAAUGAGCUGAUGGUUGUGGAAGUGUGCAAGAAGACACAGCAAAAAAGAGUGAGGCUGACUGGAAGAUGCCCAGAAAAAAACAACAGAAUCCACAGCCAGUCAAGUUGGAUUCUGAAGAUGGUGUAGCAAUUGAAACUCCAGGAAACCUCAACUUAGACACAGAUUUUCUUCUAGGACAAGAGCUUGAAUUUGGUGAUCCUGAUCAUGAACACAAGAUUUUAGGCUUGGAAAAGUUUUCAGACGUCGCUGCUGAGAUUGGUUUCGCUGUGUAUCCUCUGGGUGAUGAAGAGAGCCCUGCUUACAGCCAGCUCAGCAUGGAAAGUGAAACGGAUAACUCACGUAGCACAACUGACAAUGGAAGGGAAGACGAGGGCAGAGCUGCCCAGUCGGAGCACAGUUUUCCCCCCUACCUGUCCUGCAGGGGCUGCGGCCAGCUCCGUGAUGAACCUCUGGGACCUGGCAUAGACCUUGUUGGUCCAUACUGCCUUAGGUGCUGCAAAGCCUCCAGGGAAGCCAAAAGUACAGACUUCUGCUCAGCUUUUGGAGGCAUCAGCGGUAUUCGCUCAGGUUCUCAUUCACAAAUUGAUAGUGAAGCAGUGAGAAACGGGAUGGGUGACAAAGCACUGACAGUGGAGGACAAAUCUGCCAAACUGCACUCGUGUCACCUCUGUGGCUUCUCCUCACGCUACGCCAACCAUGUGAAGCGUCACAUGAAAACACACAACGGGGAGAAGCCCUUUAACUGCCCGUUGUGCACAUAUGCCUCAGCCCAGCUGGUGAACCUGCAGAGACACCUGCGCAUACACACUGGGGAAAAACCGUACAAAUGUGACAGCUGCAGCUUUGCCUGCAGUUCCCUUGGCAACCUAAAGAGGCAUCAGCGUAUGCAUGUGCCCUCCGCGGGGGCAGGACAGGACCCUCCGCCUCGACCUGCCAGUGGGCAAACUAACCUCAAGAGGCAUGUGACAGGACAAAGGCACAAUGAGGAAGAGCCUGGUGCUUCAGCCAAGGUUUUGCAGGUGGCACGACCCACUUCAAAUCUGAGUUUAGGAGCCCAGAACAGUGACUACCUGUCAGCUUUUGAUGGGUUAAAGGGGGCAUCCCCCCCACCCAUUCCCGCCUCCAAUCCAGCUCCUGGACAUCAGCCUCCACCUUUACUGGAGAACACAAGUAGCAGCAGCAGCAGUGGCAGGUCGACCAGAGGGGGUGUAGCAGAUGGCGCUCUGCCCCCUUCACUUUUCCCUUAUACUUGCCGGUUGUGUGGUAUUGUCCUGGAGGACGAGGACGGCUCCUCAGCUCAAAUAUGUGCCAAGUGUACCCUUGAAAUGCUGACUAAAGACUCGAUGUCUUCUCCUAACAGCCCCGGUGAGCGGAGUGACAAGGUGUAUACCUGCGCAGCCUGCCCUUUCCUUACACACUACCCCAAUCACUUGGCACGGCACAUGAAAACUCACAGCGGUGAGAAACCAUACAAGUGCCCACAGUGCGACUAUGCCUCAGCGCACUUCGACAACCUCAAACGCCACCACAGAGUGCACACUGGUGAGAAACCCUACAAGUGCCAUUUGUGCGAUUAUGCCUGUGGAAACUUAGCCAACCUGAAGCGCCACCAACGGGUGCACUCAGGCGCCAAGCCCUUUCAGUGCGCUGUGUGCAGUUACAGCUGCAACCAGAGCAUGAACCUGAAGCGGCACAUGCUUCGGCACACGGGAGAGAAGCCGUAUAAAUGUCAGGAGUGCGGCUACACCACCGGGCACUGGGACAAUUACAAACGACAUCAGAAGAAACACGGCCUGGCCACAGACAACUGGGUCAAAGUUCCAAUGAGCAGUAACGAACAGGAGGAAGUAGGAAAAGGGAUGGGAGCUGCAGCCAGUGUUCAGAGUAACAGAAAAGAAGCAGGGGUCGAUAUGCAGUAUAUGCCGAGGGAAAAUCAGACAAUACACUCGUGCUACAAACUUGAGAUUGUAUAAAAUAUAACUCAACAAAACUAAGCUACCAGCAACAGUUUUUUGGUUUUUCACAGAGCCUUUAUAUUGUUUUAGUGUGUGUCAGUCUUUAGUGUUUUGUCUGAUGUCUUCAGAGGCUGCUAAUUGUUUAUUUGUAGAAUCUCGCACAAUUAUUAAAAACAUUUUAGAAUAUUUUGAUGCCUUUUGGAUUAAGAUGGACUUAUCUUCUAUUGAGAGUUUGUCAUCUACUUGUUAGUCUGUAGACAUUCUGUCUGAUUCUGUAUGUUACAUUACACUAUGCGGUCUAAGAUUUCCCUGUCUCAUUAUAACACAGAUCUGUUUCUUCAUAGUAGGAAAUGGAAAACUAUCUGCUCUUUUUACCAAAUAUUAUCAAUACAUGGGACUCAUGCACAGUUUUGCUUGAACUAUUAGAGCUGCACUGUGUGGACUUAAAAUCUCUUUUCUUUAACAAAUACUAACCGUUAUCAUGUAGAAAUGGCUUAUUUUUAUGAUGGAGACUAAAUGAAGAUGUCUUAUCUUAUUACAAUGUCAGUGCCAAGGAUUCAGGUCAGGUGUUUUUUAUGGUUUAUUUGUAGUUAAGUAGCUUUACGUGAAAGUUAAACCCUCAUAUCACAUUUAAAGGUUACAAAUAGUAAAUUAUGGUAAAAAACAAAACAAAACAACAAAGCUAAGCAGGCUUAUGUGUUAUGUUCAAUAUUUACUGUUUCUGGUUUUCUGAAGACUACACAGUGCAGCUUUAUGUGUCCUUGGAAGGGCCAGUAUCAUGCAUUCUUUGCACUAGGGCACAUGCUCUGGUAAUGGCAUGCCUUUAGAAUUCACAAACAUAUGUACUACUAGUGCUGGAGUUUUAUUCAUGAUAUACUGGUAAACUAGGUAUAACCUCUUAUAUAACCUUCUGUAUCCUGAGCUGUCCAUUUUGCCAAAGUACUCAGGAUUAUUAUGAACUAUCACGUGGAAGACUUAAAGGUUGGCAAAUAUUUAUUCUAUACUAAAAACAUGCACAACCAUUUUCCGAUGCUCUCUUCAGUCUUAAAAGCACAUUCAUACACUGUUGCAUUGGGCAGAUUUACAGAAUUGAGCUCUUUUGUGUCAAAUGAUAAAUGAGCAUGUUUUUUUCCCCACUAACUUGUACUUGCUACAUAUCAUAAACCUUUCAAUUUCUAGACUAAUUUAUUCCUUCUGGGAUUGUCUUUUGAGAGAGUCUGUGUCUGGUUACUGUUUACUGUGAAAUUAACCCAUUCAUGUUGUUUUUUUACUUGAAAAAAAGAUGACACUAUUAGUAAGCAUGUGAGUGUGAUAGUUGUUUUUGUAUGUGGCUGUGAUACACUGCUAGAACUGCAUACUUUAAUAUAUAGAGUAGUUUUAUUUUGAAUGUGUGAUAUAUCAUAGUUACCAUGGGAAAAUAUUAGGGAAUUUGUGAAAUAACUAUUAUAUGCAAGUGAGAUAUGUUUCAGGUUGCCAACAUGCCAUGUCACAAUGGAGCAUUGACCCCAUUGAUUAGUACUGACAUCCCUCAAGUGUCCAUUUUUGUCUUUAUGCAGUGUCUCAUAAAUGCCUUAAGUGAGGAUUUGGAAAUAAACAUGGAAUUCAUUUCAUUGAAUGUCAGAUGAGAAGACUUGCACUGAUUUUUCUUUCAAUCUUUGUUGCAUUUUCAUAACAGUACAUCUCUGUUCCAUGGUGAGACUUGAAUCAUUGAAUGUGAAACUGCAAAACGAAGGCUGAAAGAGGAAUACGUUGAAGGCAGUCAUAAACAGACAACAGAGAAUGACAGGAUGAUCUAAUUUCAGAUUUAUUUUAGCAUCAUGGCAAACAGACCCACCGACCUUAGCACUAAAAUCAAAGUGAAUAGUGGAAUGAGUCGAGUCAGUACAGUAUCCAUGAAAUUUGACAUUUGUGAUGCUGAUGAAAAAUACACUUCAAAGUGUAAUUUGGCACCUACGUACACAUCUAGACACCCAGGACCUGGCAGCUUUCAUGUACUUGAUAUUGGCAAUAAGAGAGAAAUGAGAAGAUCUCCCUACUAUAAAAAAUGCAGUGGAUAAAAAGCACAGCAGUGAAAGAAAAGACACAUUUUGUUUACAGUUCUGGCUAACCAGUGAGUAAAGCUGUUGGCACUGAUUUAACAUUUAGAGGCGUUAAAACACAGAUGCAGCUCUUAAAAAAAAA